CUGGGACACAGUGGUGGUCUAACCUCUGGUUUGCGGAGCGGUCGGGUGUAUUCUCCGCUCGCCCCCACGCCUUCGAGGCCCCUGCCGGCCGACCCAACGGCGGAGCCAGCCAGUGGUUUCCGGGGCGCCCUCCCGCACCGAUCCCUCCUCGCUGGGGCGGGACCUGGCCCGACGGCUCCGGUCACUAUGAGUGAAGCAUCUUUCAACCUAAUAUCAGAAAAAUGUGACACUCUAUCCAUUCUUCGGGAUCACCCUGAAAACAGGAUUUACCAGAGGAAAAUCCAGGAACUCAGCAAAAGGUUCACUGCGAUCCGCAAGACCAAGGGGGAUGGGAACUGCUUCUACCGGGCCUUGGGCUACUCCUACCUGGAAUCUCUGCUGGGGAAGAGCAGGGAGAUACUCAAGUUCAAAGAGCGUGUCCUGCAGACCCCAAACGACCUUCUGGCUGCUGGCUUCGAGGAGCACAAGUUCCAAAACUUCUUUAAUGCUUUUUACAGCGUGGUAGAGCUCGUGGAGAAGGACAGCUCCGUGUCCAGCCUGCUGAAGGUGUUCAACGACCAGAGCUCCUCGGACCGAAUCGUGCAGUUCCUGCGCCUGCUCACUUCAGCCUUCAUCAGGAACCGCGGAGACUUCUUCCGACAUUUCAUCGAUGAGGAGAUGGACAUCAAAGACUUCUGCACUCAUGAAGUGGAGCCCAUGGCCAUGGAGUGUGACCACAUCCAGAUCACGGCCCUGUCCCAGGCACUGAACAUUGCCCUACAGGUGGAGUAUGUGGACGAAAUGGACACGGCCCUGAACCACCACGUGUUCCCCGAGGCUGCCAUCCCUUCCGUUUACCUGCUCUAUAAAACAUCCCACUACAACAUCCUUUAUGCAGCCGAUAAUCAUUGAUUAAAUUUGAGGCCACGCAGUGGAGCCUGUCACCUAAUGGGACUGCAUUCUGAAUGGAACAUUACAGCUUUUCAAUUUUUUUAAGCGAUUUAGACCAUAGUUAGAAAAUGUGCAGCAGCAGCCUUUUGGGCAAAGUCACUGGGGAUAAGGCCCACUCACUACGGACUGGUGGUAACUUGGCGAUAUUUUUAAUAUUUAUUUUCAUGGAGGAUCAAAUGUUUUCUAACUCUGGGCUAGGAAGCCAUAUGCCCUGGCUCUACCCCAGCUCUGAGAACUUGAAUAGGACACCUUCUCUCUCUGGGCCCAAUCCUUCAUCUGGAGGAGGUUCCUGCCAGUGUGGACAUUCCAUUGUUGUAUAAAGAUGGGGUCCUCUGGUUUAUUUUCACCAGGGGCAGUGCCUCUCUGUAGGGGAAGAAACGCUCAGGAUCAGCUGUCUUAUGUGACUUAACCAGUUCUGUAGAACAUCAGGUCCAG